AUGAGGCUUACCGUUACUGCUCUGCUACUGGCAGUACCACUGAGUGAAGCCCUUUACCGCGCAGAUGGGGUUGGCAGGCUUCCAGCCUUAGGUUGGAACUCGUGGAAUGCCUUCCAUUGUGACAUUGACGAAUCCAAGUUCCUCACUGCAGCCGAGAAGAUGGUGUCACUUGGCCUGAAGGACGCGGGCUAUGAAUACGUCAAUAUCGAUGAUUGCUGGCAGGUAAAGGACCGCCGUGAGAACGGCAAACUGAUCCCAGAUAUCACCAAGUUUCCAAAGGGCAUCAGCGGCACCGCAGACAAGGUCCACGCCAUGGGCUUGAAACUCGGCAUCUACAGCUCUGCCGGAACAUUGACCUGUGCCGGCUACCAAGCAAGCAUUGACUACGAAGACGUUGAUGCUGCAACGUGGGCAUCAUGGGGAGUCGACUACCUCAAAUACGACAACUGCAACAUUCCCGACAAGUACAAAGACGAAUGCAGCUUCUGCGUUCCGGAAAAAGUCGAGCUCCGCAACGGGACCUGCACGAACAAAGACGGCCAAUGCCCUGACAACUACGAUUGGACGAAGUCAAACACCCACUACCGCUUUACUCGCAUGCGCGACGCCAUCCUCGCCCAAGACCGGCCGAUUUUGUACUCCCUUUGUCAAUGGGGUACCGCAAACGUCGAGGCCUGGGGCGCCGACGUUGGCGCAUCAUGGCGCUCGACCGACGACAUCAACCCGCGCUGGGACCGCAUCACUGACAUCUGGAACGCGAACUCGUUCUACAUGAACAACGUGGAUUUCUUCAAGCGCCCGGACGCCGACAUGCUGGAGUUGGGCAACGGCGAGCUAACGUUCGAGCAAGGGCGCACGCACUUCGCCAUCUGGGCGAUCAUGAAAAGCCCGCUGUUGAUAGGCACGCCGCUGGACACGCUCUCGGCCGCAAACGUCGAUGUGUUGAAGAACAAGUACCUGCUCGCGUUCAAUCAGGACGGGCGAUAUGGCCGCGCAGCUGCGCCGUACAAAUGGGGCACUAACCCCGACUGGACGUUCGACUGGUUGCACCCCGCCGAGUACUGGAGUGGGCGCUACACCGGCGGCGUGCUCGUCCUUGUCUUCAACCCGUCGUCUUCAACACAAGAUCGUUCCGUACUCUACAGCGACGUGCCAGAGCUCAAGGACGCCGGCAAGUACCGGGUGACGGAUGCGUGGACAGGUCAGGACUACGGAUGCAUGGACGGACAUAGUCCGUCAUAA